AUGCCUCCUCGACCUGAGGGCCGGUUCGUCCGCCUACCUCAUGGUGGCCUAGUUGAGAGGGACUUCCUUCCUGACGAUCCGCAAGGCCCCCUUGGCGGAAAUGGAUCUCAAAAUACGGGUAGCACUAGCCAGGAGGCGGCCCCUAGUGCACCGCCACAGUCGGCCGCGGCAUCUGAACCUCCUCCACCGCCGGCUAUGGACCGGGUAGACCAGAUGUUGCUCCUCAUGCAACAACAACAACAGAUGAUGGUCACUAAUAUGCAGCAACAACAGCAGAUGAUGACCACUAUGAUGGGGGCCAUGGCCCAGAACAUGGGAGUGCCGCCUCUCCACUGUACUGAAGCAGAGAGUGUGGAGCUUCUUUCCUACCUCUUCGAAAAAGAGGCAGACUUGUGGUGGGAAAGCGUUCUCCGCUCCAUCCCUGAGGGCCACAUAUGGACGUGGGAGGAGUUUGAGGCCCGUUUCAAUGUAAAGUAUCUCCCUCAAACUUACCAGCACGAGAGGGAGAAUGAGUUUCUCCGCCUUCAGCAAGGGGGGAUGAGCGUGACCCAAUACGAGAACCGUUUCACAGAACUCUCCCGCUAUGCUUCCGAAAUGAGUGCGAACGAAGCAAUAAAGAUGAGGUGGUUCACGGCAGGGCUGAGGAGCGGUAUUCGCUCCAAGAUAUGUUGCGUCAACAUCAGGACAUACUCCGAGCUUGUCGAGAUGUCCAUCAGGGCGGAGCAGGAUGAGGAGCGGGUCGCCCAAAAUCGUUCACAGUUAGGGCCACGAAACAGGGUGGAAGGACCGUCCUCCUCUUUUACAGGAAAAAGGGCGCGCCCUAGCUUACCAUCCCGACUGGCCGCCGCACCGGCCCUUUCUACGCGACCGGCCCAGACAUGUGCCUAUUGCAGAAGGACGGGACAUUUCGAGCCCUACUGUUUUACGAGGAUGAGAGACCUCGGGUUUACUCCGCCGCAACGCAACGUUAGGCCUCCACAGCCGGCCCUACAGAUUCCGCCCCUGCGGGCAGUGGGGCCAAAUCAACAAUUUCGGCGUCCACCACCGCCUCAAGUUAGACAGCCACAGCGGCCCAUACAACGGCCAAAUUUUUCGCAACAGGCUCGGGUGCAUGCCCUAGCGGUUGAGGGCCAAGACGCGGCUAUCCCCACUCCUACGGCCUUUGAGGUGACGGCCCACAUCCAAGGGGUAAAGAUCAUUGCGGCCGCCGGCACUUUUACAGAGGCGACGAAGAUAUGUUAUAGUUGCCCCAUCGACUUGGGAUGCAAGGUGGCUCACGUGGAUUUGAUGGUGACUAAAAUUUUCCACUACGACGUCAUCCUGGGCAUGGAUUGGUUGACAAUGAUGAAAGCAGAAAUUGAUUGCGAUGCGAAGACAGUGAAGAUAUUUGAGGACGACGGCUCUUCCCUCACGUUUCCGGUCCAGGUCAGCUACGAACGCAGGAUUUCGUGUUAUGCAUCAUUGGAGGACGGAUAUUCUGGACCCUCGAUAUCGGACACGCCCGUGGUCCAUGAUUUUUGGGAUGUAUUCAAAAACAUACCUGGACUACCACCUCGACGCGAGAUAGACUUCACGAUCGAGCUAGUCCCAGGAGCCAAGCCCGUCUCCUUGCCUACCUACCGCAUGCCUCCAUGUGAGAUGGAAGAAUUGCGUACUCAAAUCGACGACUUGCUAGAGUCGGGUUUCAUCAGACCCAGCGUGUCGCCAUGGGGAGCCCCGGUCCUAUUCGUAAGGAAGAAGGAUGGCUCUUUGCGGCUAUGCGUGGAUUACAGAAAGCUGAACCAAAUGACUGUUCGAAAUAAAUAUCUGUUGCCUAGAAUCGACGAUUUGUUCGACCAGUUGAGGGGUGCUCAAUACUUCUCCAAGAUCGAUCUAAAGUCCGGGUACCAUCAGUUGCGAGUUAGGGACGAGGAUAUUCAGAAAACGGCCUUCAAGACCUGCUUUGGCCAUUAUGAGUUCCUAGUUAUGCCAUUUGGACUCACCAACGCUCCAGCGGUCUUCAUGGACCUCAUGAACAGAAUCCUUAGGCCCUUCUUAUACCGAUUUGUUAUCGUGUUUAUCGAUGACAUAUUAAUCUAUUCAAAGAGCCGUGAAAAGCAUGGAGAGCAUUUAAGAGCAGUCUUCGAAACCCUGGAGAAAAAUUAA